AUGGACUCGGAUGAAUUCGACGAUGAUAUUCUGGACGAGGAUCUGAUCAUUGCUGCCACACAAGCGCCAUGCCACCCCAGACCCGGCCCCAACCACAGUGCCUCCGAGGUCAUCGAUCUAGAUGACCUGCCCUCGGAUGCAUUCUCGAGUCCGCCCAAUGGUAACUCCUCUGCAUGGUCGACCUCACAGAGUGCCCGCCCAGCUCUCCGCGUGGGCGGGCCGGUUGCGGCUUACCGUCAAACCACCCUCUUUGGCCACACUGUUUCCCAGCACGGUGAUUCGGAGCCUGUGCAACGGGUCAAUAGCAAUAGGAUGUUCCGCGCGGAUCUGCCAGAAGAGAAACCCACACACCACGAGAUCGACCGUGAGGCCAUGAAGACAUGGGUCUACCCGACCAAUCUGGGCGCCAUCAGAGACUAUCAGUAUUCCAUCGUCAAGGAGGGCCUGUUCCACAACACCCUGGUGGCCCUGCCCACCGGUCUCGGCAAGACCUUCAUCGCUGCUACCGUCAUGCUCAACUUCUUCCGCUGGACCAAGACCGCCAAGAUCAUCUUCGUAGCGCCUACCAAGCCCCUCGUGUCGCAGCAAGUGGAUGCCUGCUUCAACAUUGUUGGCAUUCCAAGGUCACAGACGACCCUGUUGACCGGUGAAAUAUCACCCGGCUUGCGAGCCGAGGAAUGGGCCUCCAAACGCGUCUUCUUCAUGACCCCUCAGACCCUUGAGAACGACCUUUCGUCAGGCAUUGCCGAUCCCAAGUCUAUCGGUCUACUCGUGGUUGACGAAGCGCACCGUGCCACCGGGAACUACUCAUACGUCAAGGUUGUCACUUUCUUACGGCGCUUCUCCAGCAGCUUCCGCAUCUUGGCCCUUACUGCUACACCCGGCUCCAAAGUCGAGGCAGUACAAGAGGUCAUUGAUGGUUUGGGAAUAUCUCACGUUGAAAUUCGUACUGAGGAUUCGCUGGACAUCCGCCAGUUUGUCCACUCGAGACAAGAAGACAUCGAGCUCCUGGAUCCAUCCGAUGAGAUGGCCCUCGUCAAAGACUUGUUUUCCAAGGCUCUGAAACCGCUGGUGGACAAGUUAGGACAGCAGAAUAUUUAUUCCUGCCGAGAUCCCAUGUCUCUCACAACCUACGGCCUUAUGCAGGCCCGUAAGGACUGGAUGGGUUCAGCGGGGCGGCACGCCAACAACGGAGUGAAGUUUAUGAUGUUUGCCGUUUUCUCCAUCCUUCAAAGUCUUGCUCACUCGAUCAAGCUGCUGAAUUUCCAUGGAAUCAAGCCAUUUUACGAUAAUAUGGUCCAGUUCAGGGAUGAGACGGAAGGCAAGGGCGAAAAGGGGUCCAAGUAUAAGCGUCAAAUUCUGGAGGCACCAGAGUUUCAGAAGAUGAUGACCACCCUCGCUGGAUGGGCUCGUAAAGACGACUUCGUCAGCCAUCCAAAACUCACAUAUCUAUCGGAAACCGUUCUCAACCACUUCAUGGACGCUGGCGAAGCUCGCGAUGACAGCGCGUCUUCUAACACGAGGAUCAUUGUCUUCAGUGAAUAUCGAGACAGCGCAGAGGAGAUCGUGCGGGUCCUCAAUCGGCAUAGACCCCUGAUACGAGCGGCUGUAUUUGUUGGCCAGGCUGAUACCAAAAAGUCGGAUGGCAUGAAACAAGCGGAGCAAAUCGAGAGAAUCAGAAAGUUCAAAGAAGGCGCCUUCAAUGUCUUGGUCGCCACGUCAAUCGGUGAAGAAGGUCUCGAUAUUGGCCAAGUCGAUCUUAUCAUAUGUUAUGAUGCCUCUGCCUCUCCAAUUCGAAUGCUGCAGAGGAUGGGGCGAACGGGAAGAAAGCGAGCUGGCAGAGUCGUGUUGUUACUCAUGCGUGGCAAGGAGGAGGGUAACUACGCCAAGUCAAAGGAUGCAUAUGACAAAAUGCAGCAAAUGAUCUGUGAUGGGAGUCGCUUUGCGUUCCGACACGAUCUUUCCACACGCAUAGUCCCAAGAGACAUUAAGCCAGAGGUCGAUAAACGACACGUUGAAAUUCCAAUCGAAAACACCCAGAACCAAUCCCUCCCAGAACCAAGGAAAGGCGCUGCUAGAAAGAAACGGCCACCAAAGAAGUUCAACAUGCCAGAUGGUGUUGAGACUGGAUUCACCAGCGUAGCGUCCAUGCUAGGCAAGAAGACUCAAAAGGCUCCGAAAAGCAGUGUCCGGAGUGGUUCUCGUGAAGAGGAUGUUGUUGUCGAUAUCCCUAAUCUCGAACGGGUCUAUUUGAACACUCAACAAAGCGACGAACUGAGAGAAACGUAUCAAAACCUGCCAUACUAUCAGAAUCAGAUUCUUGAGAUCGAAACUGCGGACCUGACAGCCAACCCAACUGCGCAGAGAGUCUUGCGCAAGACCGUGCUCCUCAAGCAUGGGAAACACACGAAGCGGUGCGUGAAACUCUUUCGAACGUUUUCCAAAAUACGUUCAACACCACAAGGUUACGAGAAACCCUAUGGAGAAUCAGAUCAGAGUCGUUAUGAUGAGCUUCAUACUCCAGAUGAUAUCUCGGAUUCAGAGCAAGAGGUUUUCCAAGAAGCAGAGCCGCCUAGGAAGAAGAGGAAGUCUGCGCCGUUAUCUGAGGCACAACCUAAGACUGCUAAACAGGCGAGAAAGACACAGCCGAAACCCGGGCGCCCACCGCGCUCCAAAGCAACGGCGAAGGUCCCCAAAGCAUUUGUCCACGAAGCAAUCGCAGAAGAGGACGAAGAAGAACUAGAAGACGAUGACGAAGAUGAGUUAGAGCUACGCCCGACACGGAGGAAACCGCCUCAGCCGAAAACGUCGGGAGUCAAGCGUGCACCCGCCAAGCGAGGCCGACCUUCGACCAAACAGCAAUCUGGAAUGUAUGAUGAGAGCGCAGAUGAAGGUGAUGAUUGCAGAAGAACCAGCGACCUGGAACUCACUGACGAGUCAGACGAUGGUUCAGAUCUCGUCGGGUUUGUCGUGGGUGAUGACGUGGCGACAUCGAGUGCGGUCCCAACGUCUAGCAUGCGACGCCUUUCGACCUCGCCGACAACGCCGUCAGCAUCAUCCACUGUCGGCCGAGCGUCAGGCAGGCAGAAGCCACACUAUCGAUCCUCCGGGUUCGAGGCCACCCAGGACAGCGAGGAUGACGAUGAUGGUCUGCCGUCUAUGAGUCAAAUCGUAAGGACACAGAGAGGGAAGACCCAGUUGUCAAGCUCAUCUGCUUCGGGCAGUUCGGGCGAUGAGGAAGUCAUGCAGCGCCCAGGACGAGGCAAGAGGAGGCAGGUUGUGUCAGAUGAUGACGAUGACGACGAUGGUUAA